AUGACAUCGACAUUAGCUCCCGAAGUCAACAACGAUGGUAGGAUCUAUCGAUUAAAUCAGCACAUGGCUGCCUUCGUAACAUCUCUCGGCGGUUUCGCUCUUGGUGUCACACUUGGAUGGAAUUCAAGUGCCGGGGCAAUUCUUCGAAACAUUUUGAACGCUAGCGGUACUGAAAUCGGUCUUAUCGGUGGUAUUUUGAAUGCCGGUGCUUGUGUCGGCGUGAUGUUUAUGCCUUUUUUUAUGAAGUAUUUCAGUCGUAUCACAGCCAUGUCCUUGACUAUGCCAGGAUUUAUCAUCGGAUGGACGUUUGUUUGCUGCGCUGGCCAAAAAAUUUCGCUCCUCAUAAUUGGUCGAUUCAUAUGUGGUAUGAGCGGUGGAGCAUUCUGCAUUCUGACGCCGAUUUACAUCGCAGAAAUCGCAGAUCAGAAUUCGCGAGGACGACUUCUUAUGUAUUUCCAGCUUUUAAUCAACUGCGGAAUUAUGUAUGCUUUUGUAGCCGCCCAUGUAUUAAAUGAACACGAUGCUAUAUCGAGGUAUAACUUCAUUUGUGCCGUGACAUGCCUUGUGGUUGCUCUGGUAUAUCUAUUGCCUGAAAGUCCUUUCUAUCAUCUUAUGAAGAAUAACGAAAUAAAGGCAAAGAAUUCUCUAAAAUGGUACCGUGGUCAAACUUAUGAAGACGUCGAAAUAGAGGAAUUGAAAUAUCUCGUGAGUCAAUCAGGAAAGAUUACAAUAAAUGUUCUAAAAAAUCGAUGCGUCAUAAGUUCCUUCUUUACAUGCUUCUUCGCGUUCCUGACUCAACAAUUAAGUGGCGUUACGAUUAUGAUUUUCUACGCAUUGACACUCUUCAACUUUGGCGGGUCGGGCGAUCUAACCGGAAGCGAACAAACUGUCCUCAUUGGUGGAGUGCAAAUAUUGUCUUGUUUUCUAGCCAUGGGUCUGGUAGACAUAAUCGGACGACGACUACUGUUAAUUGUAUCCUCGAUACUUAUGGGACUGUUUUUGAUACUGUUAGGAUGGUUUUACAAAUUGAGGGAUCAGGACCCAGAGUACGACGAUAUCUACUUUUGGAUGCCGCCGACUUGGACGACCCUGUUUUUUGCCACUUUUAACUUGGGCGUUGGGCCGAUUUCGUGGGCGUUGAUAGGUGAUGUCUUUCCCAUGCAAAUUAGAGAGACUGCCAUUGCAUGUGCAGUCGCAUUUAAUUGGCUGCUAUCUCUGAUAGCAACGAUGACCUUUGGGGAAAUGUUGGAUGCCCUUGGUGUUUCAAAGACCAUGUGGCUCUUUGCUAGCUCUUGCUGGAUAGCUGGAGCUCUUUGCGCCCUACUCCUAAAGGAUACUCGCGGCCACAGUUUGGCCAAAAUACAAAAGAGUUUUGGUAUUGAAGAUAGACAAGUAGAAAUAAACGGUAUAGAGCAAACUUUCGACAUCGAAAGACUAUAG